AUGACUAGCUAUGUGUACUGUAUUGUGGAAAACCUAAAGGGGGAAGAAUUUAGAAAAGAUUUUAAAGAACUUUCCACAGUGCGCACUUAUUUUCCAAAAGCAUCUAUGUUAGCCCUUACUGCAACUGCCUCACCUCAUCAUAUAACAAGUUUAGUGAAGUCAUUGAAUAUGUCAACAGCAAAAGUUAUCAGAGUAAAUCCCAACCGCAAAAACAUAUUUCUUGACAAAAAGAUCCGCAAAAGUAAUGCUUCUGGAUUCGAAAGCUAUGAGAAUAUAUUGUUACCUAUAGCAAAUUCAUUAAAUUCAGUAAGAGAACAAUUUCCAAUGACAAUCAUUUAUAUGAAAUUAAAAUAUUGUGGUCUUGCCUUUAAUCUAUUUGAAAGAAUUUUAAGCACAUUUCAAUACGUGGGAUUUGAAAAAACACCAUCUAGUCGUUUGUUUUGUCAAUACCAUGCACCGCAGACAAAAGCUUUGAGAAACAAAUUAUCAUAA